AUGACGGCACACAAGGAGCAGACGUCUAGAGGCCUGAUGCUCAACGAGAGGUCUCUGGCCGUUGAGGGAACCGGCUCUUCUACAGCAUUGCUCACCAUCAUGAGUCUGACUCGGCUGGCGAGUCUUCUCUCCAUCGGCAUUUCGGCUCCGGAUGAGCUGGCCGGACAUUCACAUGCCGACCUCUCGUCGUGCGCCCCACACUCCAGACUUGACGAUCAAGCCGGGCAAAUUUCGCCCAGUACAGUGGUGACAGUGCAGCCGCUUGUCUCAGUGCCAGAGCCGAGUGUCGAGCUGUUGGAACAGUUGGAAGAGACCGCCAGAAAAUGCUUGGCUGAGGCCGGCCAGGAGGAGGGUGUGGUGAACGUUCCCUUGAACGUGGUCUUGAGCACGUUCAAUCCCUCUUUGAUGCAAGGUAGUGAGGGGCGUCGCCUGCCCUUAAUGCAAAAACUAAACAGUAUCAAUAUUUUUACAAUUAGAUUUCGAGACUACUUACAGCUUUGA